CAUGCUAAUGAAUUUUCAAACCAAUUGCUAACGUCGAUGCUGAUGUGUCAGUCAUAUCCUUAGUUUACUUUGCCAUUAGCUUACUUUGCGAUAUUGAACUACGAUAAUCAGUUGUAUCGUGGGGUACGGAAGACGUCCUGACCGCUAUCAACCACUGACGGCUACUCCUCUCAAGUCAGCUUUGCAACCCAUAGAGUGCGGGGCUACUUUUCUCGCUCCAGAACCAUCCUGACAGGAGCCGUGGUCCUCCGUUCAGCUUCGUAGUAAAUUCUAUCGAGCCUGACGCUGACACGUAAAGGAGUAAAAUACGGGCAGGAGAGCCUAGCGGGAAGAGAAUAAGCCCAUCGUGCUUGUUUCUGCACUUCAUGCUCCAGCGCGUGUGCAUAUCCAACACCAGCAGGCAAGCAUGUUCCCCCUCAUGCGCCUUCCUACCGAACUACGCACGGAAAUCUACACGUAUGCUCUACUGCCUAGCGAUCACAUGAUAUCGCGAGGAACUCUACCGCACAUUGGGAGCUUGCGCUACCGAUAUAGCGGCCUUCUGAAGUUGCUGACGGAAAGAUGCAACACCCGUCUCGUUGGGUGCAAGGACUAUGAAUGCCGACAUCGGUCGAUGCAGCACGAACAUACCAUCAAAGCCAUGCGAGCGGACGAGUUCGCGUUCGGACUCUUCCUUACGAGCAAGCAGGUCUCCUACGAUGCUAGCAAGAUCUUCUUCGGGGAGACGCACUUUGUCUUCGAAAGCAGAUUCGACCUGCAUGUCUUCUUGCAGGCUAACAAGCAUGCAAAACUUGUGAAAAGCCUGACCUUCAAUGGCCGUAAGAGUUACGGACCUCACAGUAGACAAGUAAAGGCACGCUUUACGACAUGGAAACUCCGCUCGGAAAGCUCCUGGGGUCCCACCGUGUCGGCCUCUAUCCGGGAACUAGCCGAACAUUGCCCAGAACUCGCCUACAUCGAAUUGCUCGACAACCGCGGCUGCGACUCUGCUUAGAACACGAUCGAUUUGCGAACCAAUGGCUUCACCAGCUGGGAAGAAGUGCAGUGU